AUGGGAACCGCCGCCGGCGGCGAUUACCGUGACCAGCGCAACCAUAAUCAUCUCCCACCACCGCCGCAGAACCAGCAACACGGACACUUCUGGUAUCCUCCUGCCCCGUCGUCUGCUCCUCCCGGCGAGCCCCAGUUCCCACUUGCGCAUAACCUGCAGCAGCAGCAUCCCCCCCCGCCUCCCAUGCCAUCGGGCCCUUUCCCUCCGCACCCACCGCCGCAGUACCCACACCACCAUCAGCAGCCGCGGCAGCCGCCGUGGGUUCCACCUUCCGAUCACCUCCAGCAGUUCCAUCAGCCCUCCUCUUUCCCACCCGGUGUUGCCCCUCCAUUGGGUAUGCAGUUUUUAGGUCCUUCUCAUGCUGGCGUCGGGUCUCCUCACCAUCACGGUGCGCCGCCACCAAAUCCACCCUACCCCACAGCCCGUCCCAUGUACCCUCCUCCACAUCCUACUCAUUCCCAUGCUCCUCACGCACAACCGCCGCCGCUGCCGCCUCAACCUUCCGCGUUGCCACAGGCUUAUUCUCAGCCCAGUCAGGUGACGUUCUGUUGUCCCCCUCGUCUGCAAGAGUUUUUUUUUUCUCCCUCUUCCAUCGUUUGCGUUAUGAAUUUUUGCUAUGCUUCUAGAGCACAAUCACCCUGAAGAACAACAGUGGACAUUUUUUCUAAAACUUAAAAAUUCUUAGUAAUCUGUCGUCCAUGUUUUUCUCUCUUCUGCUUGUUGUGCUCUAACUUCUUGUUUAUGCUAUUGGUUUUUUCCUGGUUUUUUGGCUAAUAAACGUGAUAUCUUCAUUGAACUUCACGUUCUAAUUGUAGUAUACAUUUAAACUGAGACAAUGAGAAUGUAAUCAAACGCUUUAUCACUGAAAGUGGAAGCUCUUGUCAACCUUCGUUCGUGUCAUCAUUUUUUGUCCAUUUUGAUAUCCUCUGUCAGGAGUAAAUAAUCUGUCGGCAUAUGCAGACCUGCACAUCAUCUUCUGUGUUUAGUUUUUGAAUUAUAGUACUAAACAUUUUUUAUAUAAACUCUUUGAAAAUGUUUUUAGUUAAAAAAUUUCAUAUUUGGGUUUAACUUUUGUUGACUCGUUGGCCUUGGUCCGUGGAAAUCUUCAUGGUAGAGCCAAAAUGUACCAAAAUAGUUAAAGGUGCGAAUUAAUGAUGGAAUAAAACGAAAAUAAAUGUGGAAUACGAACGGAAUGCAUGGUGGUAUGGAGAAGAAAAUGUGCCAUGGGUUACUAAAAUCACCAUGAAAUUGGUAGCUGCAGAUUUACCAAUUACCAAAAAAGGCCAAAUUUACAGUUUUUGAAAACGAUUGUUCACGUCUAUGGCUAAUUGUGAGGUGCUUGGCUGGAAUAAAAACUUCAAAUUUAGAUGCUUACCACACGAGCAUUUUUUUUUGUCCCCAUCUCUUACAUAUUUAGCAUCUUGUUAUAUUAAUCCAGAAACCUUUUGAUGGGAUCUUGUUUUCUGUUUUUUUGGUGCAUAUUGCUCGUUUUUCACGUUUUGUCAGUGGAUUGAAUCGUCAUCCAGAAAUACGUAUGAUAGUGAAGAUAUUGACAGAAGAGAUGACAUGAGACAAAAUGUUCAGUUUCAAUCUUAUAGUUAAAUUUUUGGUUUUUUUGUAUUACAACCUCUGUAGUUUAUGAUUUCAUUUUCAACUUCAUUUGCAUCACUUUGAUUCAUGCUAAGCUUUUCUAUAACGAUUGAGAAUUCCGCAUCAAGUUAAAAUUUGCAGGUUUUGUGAUACAAUCCAAAAAAACCAAAGAAUUUUUGCCAUUGUUUUGUGGUAAUCUGCAUAAUUGGUUUCAAACUUUUCUCUAACUGAACACCGUUUUGAAAGCAUGGUACACUUCUACUAGGCAGAUAUUAACCAUCUGCCAUUUAACCUCUAUUAUUUUUACAGUAUACUGUUACAUGUACAUUUGUUCUCGUGAAGGGCUUGCUUGCAAUGAUUAUUUAAUGACAUUUAUUGUUGUUUUAAACAGAUGUGGGGAAAUCCAUCAUGGCAUGCUGCUCAGGGCUGGAAUUACUCAGGUUAUUCGAACCCCACUUCAAUUUUUCAUCUUCUACUUUUUUUCUGGAUUACCUUUUUUCCUGAUUCCCAUUUCCUCGUUAUUUCUUGUGCUUCUGAAGAUGCCUUUAACAUCAUUUCUAAUUACUCUGUCGCUUCAAAUUACUCAUGUAGCUAAAACAGUUGUAGAACUCUAUGUUUUAUUGUAAAAACUAAUGCAAGCAUGAUAGCUCAUUUAUCCUAAAUUCAAUUUUAAGUCGUUCGCUAUAAAUUUUUCGUUUGGAUAGCAAUUUUUUGUCGCCUUUUAAGUUUGAGUUGCUUCUGGCACCAUAAUUCAUAAUAAGUUUCAAAAGGAAUCCUGUGUUUCAAAUUCAAAAAGUUCACGCAACAUUCCCUUAUAAUUGCAGGCAUGUCAUUGUGAUAUCAUGAAUGACUAAAAAGUUGCAUAUGAUUUUCUUCAAUUGGAAAUGAACUAUCAUUCGAAAAAUCUGCUGCUGCUGUUUUUUGUGUGUGUGUUUUAAUGCACGAAAAUAUAAUUUGGUGCAAAACCUCCCACAUGUUCAUCACUGUGAUCAUUCUCUUUUAUGAAACAUCUCUUAAAUAUAGGGCUCCCUAGGACUUGGAUUUCCAAUUUCCAAAGGUUGUAAGGAUGUUUUAUUACCUGUUGUCAGCUUGGUAUGCCAGUUCCCAAUAAUUUUUUAACAUACUUUACAAGUCAGUUGGUGGAGCACUGACCUGGGAUAGACGCUAAGCUCUCAUUUAUUUUUACACCGUGGUAGUUUGCCUGUGGUAGUUACGUUUUGAAAGAAUGAAGCGUGAGAUAGAUAGGUCAGAACUCAUUGGCUUUUUCUAAUCGUUUUGGAGGCCGUUAUCAAUCUUAGGAAACCUGGUGAAUGGGAGCCACUUGAUUCAAAAAUCAUUCAUUUUUUUCCGACCUCAUACUAUUGAGUUAAAAUCCAAGUACAUAGUUAUCAGAACUUUAAGUUAUCAAUGACAUUCCUCACCAUAUUUGUGUUAGACAUGGUUUGGAGGUUCAAUAAAUUUCUGGCUGAAUUGGUUUUGUUAGUUAUAAUACUUGUCUGAACCAUUGGUGUGGGGUCAUACUGCAUGAAAGUGAUGUAUGGGUCGUACAGUGUGAAGGUCAACCGUGGUGCAAUUAAAUUGUGUGAGUUGCUGCUUUGGUUAUCUUUACUGUUAUGCUUAUUAUGAGAAAAGCUUCACUAAUUCUAAGUGAUGGUGUCGAGGUCCACUUAUCUGUAGCCGAUUUGCAUACGAACUUUCAGGUCUCUGUCGGAAGUAUCAUAUAGUUAACGACCAUUAGCCAAUUUAGAUCAUUUGGAUAUUUCCAACUUUUCAAUCCCGUCUUAAAAGAACAGUCUCUUAAAAUUGCAGUUGAAUCUUCUGUAGUAGUUCUGGGAAUUUCAUCUGAUUGCUUGUGAUAUUAAUACUUGACUAGUUUCUUAGACUGAAAUAUUUCCCAUUGUUCUGUCGUUCUUCUGCUGUGUUUCGGCUUAUACCUUGAUGAAUGGUUCUCUGAUUUGAUUUUGUGUAAACAUCAGAUACAAAAUUUCAGUACAAUAAUGGCGAAGAUUGGGGUGCCAGGGCUAGAGCAUGGGCAGCUGCUAAUUCCACUACAGAAGACCUCCCUGUGCAAUCACAGUUUACCUCAUUUGGGACACCAAAUAACAUUUAUAAUGACCAGUAUCAACAUAGUGUCAUGCCUCCUUUCUCUGAUAGUCAGCAUUCAACAGUUUCUGCCCCAGAACAGCACUUUCCGGAUUCUGGAACUGAUCUCCAUAGAAGAUUAAACAAUCUGCAAGGGCCUCCCCCUAAUUCUAUGCCCACCUCUGUUGCAAAUUUUCCUACUUAUGAUGAUGGAUAUGAUACCAUAGCUACAGAGAGGAGUGUUACUGUAUCCCCUCAGCCAUCAUUCACUUCAUCUACAUCUGUUAAUGUGCAGGAGGUACCAUCUAGUUAUCCAUCUUUCUCAGGUAUGUUUCAAUUAGUUUGGCAUUUGAAUAUCAACCACACCCAAGUCCUGCAACACCAUGGUCAAUAUUGCUGUGUUUGCCAAUUGAUCUUUGGAGAUGUUCAUCUGCUAAUGACUUUUCAUGGAAAAGGAAUUAUUUUUUGGAAAAAACAGUAUGUUUAGGAUAUACUGUCUAUAUUUAAUCAGGUUUCUGUUUCUUCAUUGUAUGGGAUGAGAAUCAUUUUUCUUUUUUUUAAAAGUUGAUAACUGUCAUUGUUUUUUAUGAGAUGAUUGCAUCAUUUUUAUCGAAUAUUCAUUGCCAAUAAAUCCUUCAUAUUAUCUCCUACUACGUUUUCCAGUGAAAAAGUGUCCGACAGAAAAAACAUAGUUACUCGUGACAAACGUUUCUUGCUUACUGAGGUUAAUAGGAAAUGAGCAUCAAACACUAAAAAUUCUGCUGCAUCAGGAACUUUUGUUUUUUAAUAGCUUCAUAGGAAUUUUAGAAUUUGACAUUCUUUUUUCUUCUAUGGUUAGUUAUGUAUGUGUGUCAAACGGUUCGGCAUUGUUUGGUUCAUGUACUAGCAAGGGCAUAUGUUGGCUUCCAUAGAAAUUCUUGUUUUCUAUUAAUGGCUUUCAUUUUUUUUGUGUCAGCAUCCAUUGGAUUCUUGUGCCAUUCUCUGAUCUUUAGUUCUGUAAAGAUGGAUAUUUUGCUCUUCUUGCUGUCUCAAUCGUAAAAUCUGCUGGAGUAUUAAUGACUGUCAAUAAAUUGCAUAUCAAAUGAGAUUUUUUUCCGACUUUUGAAAUUAGACAAGAAUGUGAAAACGGCUACUUGUAGUUCGAUGGAUUUAAAAUGUGAAACCGGAUUCUUUUUCUUAUCAGAAAUAAGGAAGAAUGAAACUCGACCUAAAUCUUGUGGGCCAAUUCUAUCCUAGAAAUUAUGAUCCAUGCCGUGGGUCCCAGUUCUUACCAUGGGAUGCCUGGUCAGGCUAAUCCCGUUCAUGAGCUCGUUACAAUCCCUCGUUUGGUAUUUAAAAUGAUUGCUGACUUCAGCAGAAUAUGCUAAUUUUUUGUCUGAUCUGAUCUGAACUGAUCAUACAUGGGGCUGCCUAUUGCUUGCGAUUCUCUCAUCUGCUGGAGAGAACGGGGGGUAUAACUAUGGUGUCAAAUAUUAGAUCAGAUGGCAGGAUUAUGUCACUGAUUCCCGCCUCUACUAUGGCCUCUGCUUCCCCAGCCGCCUUGACGUAGGGAACUGGGUUUGAUGCAGGAACUUUUAUAAAGUUAUUUGUUUUAUGAUUGUGACUGGUGCAUGUUUUAUCACUUUCUUACGUUUUAAAAGUAAACAUAAUGAUAUAUAGAAUUCUAAUUAGAAAUAUUUUCUGCCUUUAAACUUGCAUGUGACUUUUCCCAUGGAUCAGCUGCCAAAGUCCAGGUUGAAUCGUGGGAUGGCUAAUCCAGCCACCUUAUCUAAUAUGUGAUUCCAUGGUUACUACACUUCAGUUUAAAAUUUUCAGCGCUUUUUACUGUAUUCUCGCCAUCUCAACAGAUAACUUCAACAACCUUUUUUUUCUAAUACUUCAUCAGUAUGAUCAUUAUCAAUAUGUCUUUUCUUCUGUCAUCUUAUUUCCAAUAAAGUAUCCAAUUAUUCUGGUAAGACAACCUGCCCACUUUUCUCAGUGGCUGCUCGCCUGAUGUAAACACUAUUUAGGUGUUUAGUGUAUAAGCGAGCUGGCUUUAGAGUGCAGAGUGUCAGCCAAAAAUAUGACGGCCAGAUGGCUGUUAUUCACGUUCCAUAAUCUCGUCAUUGAGCUUAUCUAAUGAUGGCUUGAUACCCAGCUUCGUCUUGACUAAAGCUUUGAUGAAAUGGGAAAAAAUCAGUGGUGUUAUCUGCAUGUGUUUUUCUUUCGGUCAGCUGAAGUGUGAAUAGGAAUCAAAUCCUGCCUCAUAUUUCAUUCUUAAAGGCUCCAAUCAGUUGGUCGUCCUUUUAUUUUGAGGAUGUUCCUGGUAGUCAUGCUUCUGAAGAUCUGAACUCCCGAUAAUCCCUAUCACUAGAUCAUCUUGUAGUAGCAUAAUUGCUUCCAUUUCCCUUUUGUUUACAGCAAUGAGCUAGAUUUAAUUUCUACUUCUUUUCCCGUGUUAUUGGGGGGUGUCUAAUUUCUUUCGUUAUGUUCUCAUACAUGAUGAACUAUAGAUAUCUGGGAGUCUGAAGACAACGGAUCUGAUGAUUAACAAGCUUUUUUGGAUGAUGCUGUUGGAGAAGUGUAUUCUUAAACAUAUUUCACAUCUAAAUUUUCGGCAUAUCUCUCUCUCUCUCUCUCCCCCCCCCCUAUACCCCCAAAAAAAAAGCCUCCAUUAGGCCCAUCAACCAGAGGAGAGUGGAGCCAGGUAGACAAACGAUAAAUCAAGAUUAUGAUAGUUCUUGGGGAUCUCGGAAUCCAACCAGGAGACCUAUCAUCAAUUCAACCUGUUUGUAGGGAACUAAAACCAAAUAAGCUUACAUUUAAUGAUGUAGCUUUUGUAUUUCUUAAAUUUAGAAGAGAAGGCUGAGACAUUGUCGGCCCUUUUAAAGGGUUUGCCUCUCUGGGAUUUGUUUCAUCCCUCGACGAUAGGGUUAGCUUGCCCACUCUCCAAGCCCUAAACUCCACUGAAACAGUAGCCUCCCUUCUCCACGGAGCUCCUGGAGCUCCCUGAUUUAGAAAAUGUCUUUCAUACCUUUUCCCGCAUCUCGCCAGAGCCCUGAAAUGGGAGAAAAGAUACUUCCCCCUUUCUGACAUUGGGCCAUUUCGAAAUCAGGGAGUUCAAGGAGCUCCGUGGAGAAAGGAAUCGAAACCCCAAGACAUUUAAUGAAAGAAUGAUAUCAUACUUCUAUCCUGGAGUACCAUAGCAUCUAAAGUACCGUCUAUUGCAGCAAAUAAACCAAUUCUGUGGAACCCUUGAGAUAAGGAUAUGUGAGGGAUAGUUUGCAAUGUUGACCUUUUGAACAGAAGUUUUGUUCAAGAGUAAUUUUGCUAUUUUGUUCUGCGUUCAUAUUUUUUUAUCCAAAUUUUUUAUUAGUGGCAUCUUCACUCAUUUUUAUGUUUCUUUUUCUUAGGAAGUGAUGACGCGUGAUUCAUUUAGUAUAGUUGUUAAUGAUGAUCACGAAUUACCUUUUGAACUACAUGACAGUUGUCGGAAAUUUGUUGUCUGUUCAUAGCUUAACUUUGUCAUAUGUUGCCAGGUGGCAAAGAGACUAUGGAUACGACUGAGAAGUUACACAUGCCUUCGCAUUUGUCUUCACCUGCAAUGCCAAUUCCUGGAAGGCUUCCAGUAUUAUCUGUCAGUCCACUUUCAAGGGAUCAGUCCAUUGAAUCUUCUGGCAUGAGUGAUCAAUCACAAGCCAUUGAGCAAAUCCCAUUUGACCGAGGUCAAAUUCAUGGUACAUUUUCUACAAAUACCAAUCAAGUUAGGCCGAUUGAUCAAAGUGCACCUUCGUCUUCCAUUCAUGGUUUUGCUCAAACAACUGCUCCGGUUCCUGUUUUUUCUAACGUGACUCCAGUCCCUCCAGGUCCUCAGGUAUAUGCUGAUUAAUUCAUAUACAUAUGUAUAAUAUUUGGUUUUCAGACGUUCAUCUCCCGUUUAAAUUUUGACACCCUGUGCCUGUGUUGUGUGUAGUUUGAUUCCUCUUCCAUCACCAGUUCUUUACCUGGCCAUCCUUCUCAAGCAUUUGGGAGGAUCCAAGGGCUCAACUUUCAGCCUGGUAUAUCCCCAGUUGGGCCAACCUUCAGCUUUGAUGUUGGUCCUCCUCAUCCUGCAACUGCUUUUCCUGUGGACACAAUUGAAUCUUUUAACCUGUCCGAGCGCCCAAAGAAGGUAUCUUUUAACUUAUACAUUUGUGGGCUUUUAAUUCAUACUUUUCAUUGCACAUAGAGCAGGGAAUCAGUCUUUUGAUACUGUACAGGCUGCUGUACCUAACUGGCUUAGAGAUGAAAUUAUUAAGAAGAAGGCUUCAAUUGUGAGUUCUGCACAAGAACAUCCAAAUGGAAGUUCUCAUUCUGCUGCAGCUGAAGUUCAUGACAAAGAUUUUAGACCGGAAGAGCCGGUUGAUAGCAAAAGCAUUGACUCUGCCAGGUCAACUGAGGACGAAGAAGAUGAUGAGGUACUCACAUUUUCCAUCAUGUCCCAUGACUAUGCAAUUACGACCCAUAAUAUUUAGUUCCAUUUCAGACAUUUCCCAUCACAGUAGAUUGCAGUAGUCUACUGAUUUGUACAUUCACUUCUAUUCCCUACACUCAUUUCUUUAGCUCUUCUCCCUCUUUCCUCUUACCCCAUUUCCUUCGUUUAUUAUUAGGCAACUUGGUUAAAAGUCUUGGUGAUUUAAAAUUUUCGUCGUGACUUUCUUUUGAAACAGUCCAAUUUGUGUCCUGAUCUUUGGGAUUACAUUCAAUCAUUUUCGUCAAAAGGAAAAGAAGCUUCUUUGUGGAUAUGCUGAGCUUAAUCAAAAUAUGAGGUUUAUUGGGGGGGUCAUUAGGCAAGCAACAUUUUUCAACCAGACUGCAAAUUUACUGGAUUCGUUGGGAUCUCCUCAUAAGCUUUAGCAACUUAUAAGAAGUUAGGGAAAGGUUUCCAUGGAAGUUGUGCCUGUGCCUUUAUUUUGUAACUUGCCACUGGGGGGGAUAUUUAGUGAGAUCGUUGUUUGCUGAUUGAAGUUUUUGGAGACAAAUGUUUGAUUCAACUGUUCUUUACCGCUCUCAUGGCCAUGGCCAUAUUUUGUUCAUCUUUGUCUGCUGGAGACUGAUUUUAACAGUCGAUUUGAGGAAUUUGCUGAACAAAUAUAAGUGUUCGGUGCACAAGAAAGUGCUAAGGCAAGAAAUUAGAAAAAGUGUGAAUGCGCUAAACUGGCUAACCGAUUUAAACUGGGCCGGUCUGUUCUGUUUUUGCCAAUUCUGCACUCAUCUUCUUGGUUGACCUAAUUUGUCAAUCCAACUGAGUGGUGCCAUUUUAUUGGAGUUUUAGAAAACCCAUCUUUUUUAGUGGAUUGGGGAUCAGAUAGACCUACGCAGAAUCAAGUGAUUGCCAAGCUGAGCAAGAAUUGGUAUCAGUUUAGUUAGGAAAUUCGUUUCUUCUCAUUGAUCGGACUAGUAAGCAGAAGGUUUUGUGCAAAGUGACUCCGGGAGCAUAUGUUGGUUGUCUUAAUGAACUGUAUCUCUCAUGGAAGGUUUUAUUCCUGAUUGCUUGUAUUCUUCAUACUCUUUGUAGGAUGAUGCAGAUGCAGUGAGAUCUGCUGCUAUCAACCAGGAAAUAAAGCGGGUCUUAACUGAUGUGCUUCUUAAGGUCUUAAUUUCUUGUGUUAUAAUUCCUGUUUUUAGGUACAUUUUGCCAUUGGUCUUCAUUGUAACCAUGUUGUUUUGUCAGGUGACUGAUGAAUUGUUUGAAGAAAUAGCAACAAAAGUUCUUAAUGAAGAUGAACCAGAUGGUAAACUUUUCGUUGCUUUCUUUGGUUUUAAUAUACCACUGUUCUCUUUGCCAUCCAGUCAAAAAACUCUCUUGAAAUCUGGGUAUUCAUGUUCUCACUCUGCAGCGGAUCAUAUUGCUGUUGUUGCCAAGCACAGAGACUCUACAUCCCCUCCAGCUUCAAUUACACCCAAGUCAUCUUCCAAAGUUAUGGUUCCAUCAGCAACAGCUGUGGGAAAAUCUGUUGGAGCUGAUCAGCCCAAAUUGGGCUCUUCUGGCGGGGUAAUUUUAGGUCUGGCAGAUUAUGCAUCAGAUGAUGAGUCUGAAGAAGUCCAAGGUUCAAGUUUCCUAUCUUCUAGGAAGGUUUCUGAUACUUAUGAGCGGCACGAAACUGCUGAAUUGAGUUCAGAAGAUGAAGGCAAGCAAGAAAAAGAAGGUACGCCAAUAGCAGCUGUGGAACCUAUUGACGUUACAUCUGGUCUGGAUAGUAGCAAGAGAACUACCGCUGACUCCAAUGGGGACGUUACGAAACACAUGAAGGAUGAUACGUUAGUUCAUGAAUACCAAAAAGAUUUAAAAACUACUGAUCCUGGAAGAGAUGCUAAAUUUUUGGAAAGUAGUAGCAACCGUGAGAAAAAGGAUCUUGUUGGAGGAAAGAUAUAUGUGGCAUCUGAUUUAGCACUAAGUCGUUCCAAUCAUGGAAAAUCAAAAGCUACACAGUUUUUGGAACCACGAAGAAAAUCACCAGGCUUAGGUGAUGAUCCUGAAGAUAGAAAAGCUCCAUCUCAUAGAAAUUUCGUCAAUGAGGUGGAAUCUAGCGCAUCUAAGUCAAGCAGGGAGGAUUCAUAUGCUGGGAUUCCAAAAAAAAAAUUAAAUAGGGAUCAAAUUCAGGAAAGGAUUAAUGAACGCUCUCUUUUGAAGCGAGGAUCAAAAGAUCAGAGUUCUAGGCAAGCAGUAAAUCUGGACUCUGGAUCCAGAAAACCUGUUUAUCAUGACGAUGAUGUAAACGGCAAAAGGGUUUUAGCAAAAGACAGAAGGGAUAGGAUGAAAGAUGAUGGUGACUGGAAGAGAGAAAUAACAAAGGAUGAGAAAGAAGACAGAUUUAGACAAGCUAUGAAGGAUUCGCACAAGCAGAAAAAGAGGCAGACUUCAUCACCAAGUGCAAGAGUUAGGAGUGGCAGGGACAGCUCCUUAGAUAGUGCCAGUGUUUCUGGUGAAGAAAUAAUAGAGAGUUCAAAAAAACGGUACUGUGCUAUCUUUUGAAUAUUGUUAUAUCUUUUGGUUACUGUGCCAUUAUUGAUCUGAUUAUUUUUUGCAGGAAGUUGCAAUCAAGUAGACAGAGUUUGUCACCAUCACCGACUAGGUCUAGGAGGUAUAUGUUAAUGUUCUUUACUGUUUUAUUCAGUUUGUCUAUUUUAAACUAUGGAAAAAUUAAAUUAUUAGUUUGACUAUGACUGGCUUUCAAUUUCUGCAAAAUGGGAAUGGUUUUAGAAGGCACUAUGUUUUGGAAAGAAAAUUCUGCCAAGUGCAGUUUUAACCUGUUGGAUGUAAGAUUUUUCCCUUCUGUGGUCAUUUAACCUUGAUUGUGAUAGCAUUUUUGUGAUUGUUUUAGACCUAAUUGGCCCAUAUUCCUUGUAAAUAACGUUCAGAAAAUUUUUCAAGUGUAUUCCAUCACAUCAGAUAGAUACUAUCAUAGCAAGCGCUCAAAGUUCUCUUGUCACUUGAGUAUAUAUAGAAUUGAUUUGGCACAAUAGUACGCACUCUUUUCUCAGUGGAGUGAUUACCUGUCUUUCGUUGAUCCAUUAAAUAUGCUGACAUUCACGCACAUCGCAUAUAUGAGAGCAAUGUAAAAAUAUUUACAAAAUUAGAUUGCAUAUUCAGAAAAAAGGGACAUUGGAGAAUCUCAUGCUAUACAUAUUUAGAGAUCCAAGUCCAUUUCUAGGUUACAUGGUACAGCCAAACACUACGAACGGUGGGUCCUUUUUACUGUCUAGUUGGUUUUUUUUUUUGUUAAGUUGGAAUGUUUUAGACUGUUUUAUUUUUAUAUGACUGGUCUGCUGUAUUAUCUUUACUUUUUUAUAUGUUUUUGUGGUUUACUGAAGUCAGUUUAAUAACCAUGAUGUAAACACUGUGUAUUGGUAGAUAUAUUAUUUUCCUUAUAUAUUACUGAUUUUUUUCUCUAGAUGCUCACUCUUGCAAAUCUGAAUUGUGAUUUUCAUUGUCACCGAUACUCAUAAUUUUGAUUUCUUUCCUUGACUUGGAGAAUCCAUUUAUUUGUUUACAAGUGGCUGUCUUUGCUUCUCUAUGACGAUAACGGUGUCGUUUUCAUCCUUGAGUUGGAAAUUGAAUAACUGAACGCUUUAUAUUUUACUGCCUGAACAAUUAGACAGAGUCUGACUAGUUCUUGCGAUGGAGAAAAAGGCCAUCAUCAAUUCAAUUGCCUCUUGAAAUGUAUGAAAACGUGUUGAUUAAGUUUUAAUUACUUGCCAUGUGUGAUAUCAUAAUUAGUCUCCUCCCUGAGGAAGAAUGGACUUUAUAACUUGGGUAGCUAUGAAUGCCUUAUAUUCAAUGUAAGUUUUGCUAUUGCUUCGGUGCAUUGUAAGUUUUUUGAUAUCUGUCCAUUUUUGUCAGUAAAUCAUUAACAAAAAACUUGGCUUUUGACAGCAUCGAUAAGACAUAGUUGAUGUCAUAUAACAAUGUAUUGUAGACGAGUCACAGUUGAGUCCCAAUGGUGUUUCUCUCAGCUAGUCAGUGCCUAGUGAUGGGCAACAUCUGGAUACUCUCGGUUUCAUUUGGGUUGGAAAGUUGCGAGCAAUACCACUGUGCACGCCUGGGCAAUUUGGAAUAGUGGCAGCAGGGCGAGCCUAGUUUCAGAACAAAUAUAUAGAGCAACUUUGUGUAUCAGGCCAUAGUGGGGUAACCUGUCAGUUCAACUCCACACAUGGUUAUGGCAACUGUUGUGACCAUGGCAACUGUGCUUGUAGUAAUGGAAAGAGGGACUGGAAGGUAGAGCCGUGACAGUGAAAGUGGAGCGUGGCUGACUUCAUGAUUGUCAGCCCACCUUUGAUGACUGAUCUUAGGUCCUAAGAGACCCUUAACCUAAAGAGCUUGGAACCAGCCUCGUUUGAAGGGUUAACUUAUAGAAAUUUCUCACACUACAAUGGCAGAUCAUUCGAAUUUAACAAGUUUAUAUAAAUUCUGAAUGCAACUGCAUCCUGUUUAUUUACCAAGCAUUUGGUUCCAAGUGGUCCUAUUUUCUUCCAUGAAUGGAGUUACUAGUCAGAGCUAUGAAUAGGUAUAUGCCUUUUCUUCGGGGAAAAGGAAAAGAUGGGGGUGGGAAUGGAACUGGCGAAAAGCCUUGGAAUGCAAUAGGAAGAUGGCUCCAUUUUUUUCGUGUGAUACAUUGCAGAACUGUGCCGUGGACAAUUAAUCAGACUGUGGAGCCUCUUGAUGAAAUCCGACGUUUGAACAUCUUUGUACGCUAUACCAAGUACUGAUUUCCUUUUAAGGGCUAUUUAUAAGGAAUGUGCGCUUAUACUGUGGUGCAAGGUAGGUAUCAAGAAAAUAAAGAACUUGGGAGGGUCAUUGUCAAUGUUAGUACACAUUUCAGAUUCAUGAUUUCAUACAUUUCAUGAAAUCUUGAAUCAUUCCAGUAGUGAUAUCAUAGCCAAUGUAUCUGUGGAGACUUGAACUCGAAAUGCUCCUAUUGAAGAAAUCAAGAUGCAUAUGUUAAUUACAAAAGGGGCCUUUCAGUUUUGAUACUUUGUUGGAACUCUCAACAAGUGUAAAAAAAGUUCCUUGCUCAACAAAGGAACCUGUAUCUUGUUCAUAAUUCAUUGUAUACGGCUGUUCACCCCCAUCAAGCACUAUGUUCCACUGAAGUUGAAUCUGUUGAGAGGAAGCUGUUUGAUCCUUUUCUGUGGAAUAUAGAACAUCCAACGAUUUGUUCUUUAGACAAAAAGUUGAUCUCGCUCUUCAGACAUGGAUUUACACAGGUCAUAUUUCGUUUCUAGACAAGGUCUUAUGUUGCCCUUGAAUAAUCGUAAGUUUGCCCACUGAGAUUUUAGGUAAUAUUAUUACUCAGACGUUCUCGUAAUUGAUCAUGCGAACAAAUUAGGAUGGAACUAUCGGAAAAUAAGUGUGAUAUAUCGUCAUAUUGUCAUUAUGAUAUUUAUGUCCGAAUUGGCCUUUGUAGACACCCUAAAUAUUGUUGAGAGAGAAAAUUGCCAUACACGCUUUGUUGUGAGGAAAAACUGGAAGCACUUUAAAACGCCCGCCGUCUCCUAUGCUUCAAUUUAGAACAUUCUACGGUGGCUACACAGAAAGGUGGGAUGCAGGGAAAGUUACUGAAUUGAGGUUUUGGAACCCACAACGAGGCAGCUUCUGCUGCCUUUCACUCUCUGCCGGUAUUCUUCCACUGACCUCACCGGCUAGAUUUUGAAGCCAAGUAUCAUUGACAUUCCUUUGUACCAAAUAAUAUGGUUCAUGCCCACAAAGUCACAUAAUGAGUGAUUAUGAAUUUCUGGAGAAUAUAUGUUGGACUUUCAUGUUACUCUGUUUUAUUCGGUAGUUUCAGAUUAAUGAACCUUUUGAAACGGUAUCCAACAAUAAAUUGGAGUUGCAUGUGUUGCCUUUGAUGUGUUUAAUGGUGUGACCAACUCUGAGGGAUGUUUGGGUGUUUUGACUUCAUAUUAAGAGAAACUAUGGAAAAAGUGAAUCAGACUGCUCCAGCUGAGUGGAGACCUGUAAACCAUCUUUAUACACUCUUCAAAGCUGUCUGUGGCCUCGAUACACGCUUUUGAAAUAAAAUAUUUUCUUCAGAAAGCUCCAACUUUGAUGUCGUAUUAUGAUUACGGAAAAUGGGUCUUUCAAGUGGCAUGCCGUUGUUUCACAGGAUAUUAUCAUAUUUCCUCGUGAAUAUGUGAUUCAGGAAGGUUAUAGAAAACUAACUUCAGAAUUAUUGUUUCCUUGGAUUCUGAUAAUGUAUUGCUAACCCGAUGUGGCUAUGGAUUUUGAAUGCUAGAGAUCACCAAACCCCUUCUCUGUUGCAUCCUUCUUUGCCCUUUUCAUGCAUCGGUGUUGAUCAUCCACGUGUGGUUUAUGUAUAAUAUAUUUCAUCGUCUUCAAAAUUGGAGCUGGUGCUGGUAUAGGUCAAUCAUGAUGGAAGGGCAUUGUGCUGGUAAAGGCCGUUUCUGUAUACCAUUUACUUACGCAAUCAAUAUGAUGAUUGUUUCCAUUUCUAGACAAGUUUUGCGGUCUCCCCAUAGCAAGCAUUCUCAACGCAGGCAUUCUCCCUACUCUCAUUCCGACUCAAGGUGAGGGCCCAAGAACUCAUCUAAAAAUUGGGUUUAGUGUUAGUUGCAAGCACAGGCCCGUAGCAGCCACCAUCUUACAUCUCCGUGCCAUUAAAAUGCGCUGUUAGUACUCGUUUCGACUGACAUGGUCGUCUUCUUUUUGCCCUUUUUUGGGGCGCUGCAGGAGGAGGUCCAGGUCCAGGUCCAGCUCGCCGGGACAUCGGAGGAGAUCAGGGCACAGGCGCCAGUAA